GCGGCCGGAGCUGGGCUGGGGCCCGGGCCGAGCCCGCCGAGCCCCGCCGGGCCUGAGGCGGCGGCGAUGGGCGGCGGGCGCUGAUCCCGCCCCGCUCCCGCAGCCAGGCGCCCGCCAUGGAGGAGGAGAGCAUGGAAGAGGAAGGCGGCGGCGAGGCCAUGAUGGACGACCAGAACCACAACAACUGGGGCGCGGGCGGUUACGGGCGGCACCUGCUCGGCGAGCGGCUGCUGCCGCCGGCCGGGCCGCCGCGCCCCGCGGGGCCCGAGCACAACGGAGCGGGGCUGCGGGGCUGCGAGCCGGGGGCUGCCGCCGGCAGGGUGGGGGCGGCCGGGGCCAUCGCCGCCAUCAACAUCAGCGCCUCGACCUCCAAGUUCCUAAUGAAUGUUAUAACAAUUGAAGACUAUAAGAGCACAUAUUGGCCAAAGUUGGACAGUGCCAUAGAUCAGCUUUUAACUCAGAGUCCUGGUGACUACAUCCCUAUCUCCUAUGAACAAAUAUACAGUUGUGUGUAUAAGUGUGUAUGCCAGCAGCAUUCGGAACAGAUGUAUAGUGACCUAAUAAAAAAGAUAACUAACCACUUAGAGAGAGUCUCAAAGGAGCUGCAGGCCAGCCCUCCAGAUCUCUAUAUUGAAAGAUUUAACGUAGCUCUUGGACAGUAUAUGGGAGCAUUGCAGAGCAUUGUGCCUCUUUUCAUAUAUAUGAAUAAAUUUUACAUAGAAACCAAGCUAAACAGAGACUUAAAAGAUGACCUUAUAAAGCUGUUUACGGAACAUGUUGCAGAAAAGCACAUUUACAACCUAAUGCCUUUACUUUUGGAAGCUCAGUCAACACCGUUUCAGAUAACUCCUUCAACCAUGGCAAACAUUGUGAAAGGCCUGUAUACACUACGACCAGAAUGGGUACAGAUGGCACCAGCUUUAUUUUCUAAAUUCAUCCCAAAUAUUCUACCCCCUGCUGUGGAAUCUGAGCUUCAGGAAUAUGCUGCUCAAGACCAGAAACUUCAAAGAGAGCUUAUUCAGAAUGGAUUUACUAGAGGUGAUCAGUCACGCAAGAGAGCUGGAGAAGAGUUAACUUACAAUGGCUCAUCAGCUUGUGCAAGCUCCAGGGGAUACAGAUAGUGAAUAUACUGGAUCAGCUUCUAUUCCUAGCCAGAACAGACACUGGAGGAGCACAGGUGAUAUCUGGAGCCUCCUUUGUGGCAACUGCUGAUACUCAAGCUCUGACACAAACCAUGCCUCAAAGAAGAGUUUUGGACUUUCUUCUUUAUAUAUUAAAAUGUCAGUUGCUGCUACAGUUGGAAUGACUUUGAAAGACAAAUUCCUUGGUCUGGUCUAUCAACAAGCUCUUCUUCUGUGACCUUUGUGAGGAAUGCACCUUGAAAAACAAUCCUUUCAAAGUGGGAAUGGGCAGCCAAAAUCAGCAGCUUCCAAAAGCAUUAGAACGGAAGAAUCCUUUUUGCACUCUUUUCUUAAUAUUAAGGACAUUCUUAAAACUAGUUAACAUGUCAGUGUAUUAGAUUUUAAACUUCAAGUUAUUUUCUGGAGCUUCUACUUAAAUAAUAAGAAUAAAGUUUCAUUAUUUUGCAGUA